AUGGCUGAGAAGUGUGAAUCAGAGAAAGCUUCUUCACCGAACCUGAUAUGUCCAUUAUGCCUUGACAUAUUUGUCGAAGCGACAAUCCUGACUUCAUGUGGACACACAUUUUGUAGGCGAUGUCUCAAGAAAUACGAUCUAACCCACCAGGACCGUGAUCACAUGGUCUGUCCUCUCUGCAGGGAGAUUACCAAGUUGUCCGGCAACCGUGUCGAUGAUCUCCGCCUCAAUGUCUCCAUCAACGGAUGCGUAGACGAUUACCACUCCAAGUGUGGAGGGAUGAAUGCUGUCCUUGAGAUGUGCCAGAAAUGCACCACUUGCAAGUCUCAGAAAAACGCUGUGUCAUUCUGCAGAACAUGUACUUUUUACAUGUGUGAUAAGUGCUUGAAUUCUCAUCAACAGCUUGUAGUGAUCUUUGGAGAUCAUGAGAUUGUAUCCAUUGAUGAUGUUAUCCAAGGGAAGGUUAGCAUUGGUCAUUUAUUCGAGAAGUGCUCCAUCCACAAACAAGAGAAGAAGGAUAUGUUUUGUGAGGAUUAUAAGGUCCACGUCUGUCACAAGUGCGUACUUGUUGGUCAUAAAGCUCAUGAAUUCAAGAACCAGGUUGACUUUGAACAAGAGUUGCGACAGAAGGUAGAACACCUUGCCCAGCGCUGCGCUGACAAGAAAACAGAGCUGGAAAAGAACAUUCAACACAUAGAAAUACAACGUGACGAGGUACAUACUGCAGUGCAGACAAUCAUGACAAUACUAGAUGAUGUCAGGCAAGCUUACAGUAUCAAGGCCAAGGAGCUGGAAGAAAAUCUUCGAAAUCUCACCGACCAAGUAAAUGCCUUAAAGCAUAGUUUUGAUGACGACCUCAAUGUCUUGAAGUCAAAAGAUCGUCAGAGGAUCAAGAGUAUUUGUAGUUCAAUUACUUUGGUAGAUAGUGACAGACUGAGUCAUCUUGAGACAGACACUCUAUCUGCUCAUAUCUUGCUUUGUGAGGAGCUGGAUGCCAUGCUGAAGGAGGCUACCGAUCACACUUCUGCGUCAGCAAUCACGAAGAAAGCAAAGGGGAAGAGAUUCAAACCAGCAGAUGAUACUCGUCUUGACCUCGGGAGCAUCGCAGAAUAUACUGAUCAUUCUACUACAGCAGCCAUAGAGAAGAAUUCACAGGAGAAGAGGUUCCAACCAGCAGAUGAUACUCGUCUUGACCUCGGGAACAUCGCAGGAUGUGAUAUCAAGAUAGAAGUCAUUCAUCGUGUUAAUCUACGGUCAGUUAUGUUCGGAAUGACACGGUACUCACACGACAGUGUGGGUAUCGUAUAUGGGGUGUUUGCACAUGGUAAUGAUAUCAUUGAUUCAAAUGGUGGUAAGCAGCAGUGUAGUAACAUACUCAAUGACGGGAAUUAUAAGGACCUUGUCUAUCAACAAGACGGAUCUUUAUGCGUAUCGCUUUUCAAUACUAAUGAAGCCUACAUAUACUCUCCCCUUGGCACCAGGAAGGCAACAAUCCACGUGAGAGAUGGUACUAAUGAUCUCAAUGUUAGCAGAAGUCAAUCAGAUGAAAUCAUCAUUACUAACGGUGACAACCAAGUCUAUAUCUAUGACCCGACAGGAUCCACUCUUAAACACACUAUUCAAACAAAGCACGAGACGGGGCAGGCAUCUACCACCAGGACGGGUUUGAUCAUCACGAGUUCAUGUAAUGCCAAUCCAAGCAUGGUGACGGUCUAUGACAAGGAUGGGAAUGCUGGUGAGUCUUUACAAGCUGUUAAGGGUGUCUACCUGUAUGCUGCCGUGGAUGAGCAGGACAGGGUGUAUGUAGCGAGUGUUGAUAAGAAGAAUGGUAGCGUCGUGAUCAGGCUCUAUUAUCUUGAUGGUCUGAACCUGAGGGAAAGAGUUGUUUUCAAUACACUUCAUAUGGGAUUAGGUUAUUGGGGUUACUUGGUCUCCCUUUCCCCAGACAUGCUCGCCUUUGCUUGUUGGGAUAACUUAUAUUUCUUCAAGGUUUCACUGUAA